AUGAGGACUUCUUAUCAGCUAGUGGUGGAGAUUACUCUAAGGAUCGAGGGUUACCGUCUGAGAGGUAGGGAGCAAAUGCAGCAAGAUAAGAGGUCUAGAUUCUCUGGAGAGUUCAAAGGUGCCCCGGCUAGGGAUAGAGCUAUUCAGGGUUCUUCCAGUGGACAUUCAGGUCCUCAAGGUUCUUCUGGUUCCUAUUCCAGUGCUAUGCCAGAGAGUUCAUACCAUCCUCUAGCCAUUCCGAGUUGCUCCGGUGGGUAUUCAGGUCAUCAGGGCCAGGCUUCCGGACAUCAGGCUAUAGUGCCUAGAGGUUGCUACGAGUGUGGAGAUCCAGGUCAUAUGAAGAGGACCUGCCCCAGUCUUCGGGGCUAG